AUGGGUAAACCAAAAUUCGAUCCGCCAACCAACACCUUCCCGUAUAAGAUAGCUAAACGUUUGAACAUACUAAGUGUCCCUAGGAAGUACAUUAUCGAUACCGGCGAAGGAAUGCCGGCUUACACCCCGAGGGGAAUAAGGAAGUCGGCAUUAAACAGUCAACUCUCUGAUCGAGUGCACGAUGUGUCCUGGCCUUAUUUGCGACGAUUCCUAAUAUUAAAAAAGACCUACAAGCAGAGGUUUAACGAGGAACGCUUGGAGCGUAUAGAUCGAAUGAUUGAGGCAGCGAAUGCGACGUGCUACUCGAAGCUCGCCAACUGUGUAAUCGAUCUUAAGAAACAAGACACUAAGGACGUCAAAAAGAAGAAAGGUUGGACCGAAAGCGAAUGGAAGAAACACAUGGAUUACAUCAGUCAGAUAGCCGGACCGAAACGUGACUUUAGGCCACCUCCAGCUAAAAGAGGCCAAAGUAAACCAUUGGAAGCAUUACUACCAAGGCUCAUGCAGAUAUCGUCGAGACCAAUGUUCAAGAUUUACAAGAGACUUUCACAGGAAACGUGGUACAGGAACCCGGAGAAGGUGGCACCAAAAGCACUGAAGUACGUCAUAUCAGACAGGGUUAAGAAGUUGGCCGUUGCGAGAGUUGUACCGCAGCCGGGAGCUUUCGACUAA